AUGCUCCUGCCCCUGCUGCUGCUCGGGGCCACCCUGCUGCGCCCUGGCGGCGGCUCCUACCAGCACCCCUUCUACAACGGCUUCUACUACAACCACGUCAUGAACGACAAGGGCGACGGCCACGAGAACGUGGUCUACUUCAGUGUGGCCAAGCUCAUUGUGGAGACCCCCAAGGACCCCGUCUACAGCUCCAGCGGUGCCAACGUCACCCUGCCCUGCCACUACCACUACGAGCCCGAGCAGGAGUCCAAGCACAAGAUCCGCAUCAAGUGGUCCAAGCUGCGCGAUGACUACACCAAGGAGCAGGACGUGCUGGUGGCYAUCGGCAAGACCCAGGUGGCCUUCGGGGCCUUCAAGGGCCGCGCGGGCCUGCGGCAGAGCGGCCGGCGCGAGGCCUCGCUCGUGGUGAGCGACCUGCGCCUGCAGGACGCCGGCAAGUACCGCUGCGAGGUCAUCGACGGCCUGGAGGACGAGAGCAACGUGGUGGAGCUGCGGCUGCAAGGCAUCGUCUUCCCAUACCAGCCGCGGGGCGGGCAGUACCAGCUCAACUUCGCCGAGGCCGAGCGGGCCUGCCGGGACCAGGGCGCCAUGGUGGCCUCCUUCAGCCAGCUGCUGCAGGCCUGGAGCGAGGGCCUGGACUGGUGCAGCGCGGGCUGGCUGGCGGACGGCACGGUGCACUACCCCAUCCGGCAGCCGCGCGCGCACUGCGGCGGCCUGCACCUCGCGCCCGGCAUCCGCAGCUACGGCCCGCGCCACCGCCGCCUGCACCGCUUCGACGUCUUCUGCUUCUCCUCGGCGCUCAGAGGGGAGAUCUUCUACGUGGAGCGCCCGGGCGGGCUGACGCUGGAGGAGGGCGGGCAGGYGUGCCGGGCGGCGGGCGCCGAGGUGGCCCGUGUCGGGCAGCUCUACUCCGCCUGGAAGUUCCAGGGGCUGGACCGCUGCGACGCCGGCUGGCUGGCGGACGGCAGCGUCCGCUACCCCAUCGCCAAGCCCAGGGCCAACUGCGGCCCCGGCGAGCCCGGCGUGCGCAGCUUYGGCUUCCCCGCCGCCGGCCGCUUCGGCGUCUUCUGCUACAAGGAGAGAUGAGGAGCUGCCGGCGCCCGCUCGGCCGCAGGACGUCUCAGCCAGGUGUUUCCCAGGUCUUCGGGGAGGGGACGUGUGUUUGGGUGGGAAGGGGGACUUUUUUUUUGGUUUAUUGUUUUUCUUGCUUUACGUUUUCACACUUCUCAAAGGCUGCCCCGCGGUGCCCGGGCUGGGGAGCAGGGCUGGGUGUGAGCCCGUGGCACUGGCAGCACCGGUGCCCGGCCCCRUCGCGGGCACAAGGACGAUGGCCCCGUUGCCCACGUGGGCUCGGCGGCUUGAAGGCCGCUCCCACCUUCACCCCUUUGGCCACCUGCACCCCCUGGGGCUGGUGGCUCUGUCCCCGCCUGCCUGUCCCCAGGCCUGGGGGUSCCGGCCCCACGGCUGCCCCCAGCAGCCUCCCAGAGCUCGCGGGGCGCAGCCGGGUUUGGACUUGUGGGCGCCGGCGCAUCCCUGUUGUCCCGGUGCCGCUGCAGGAUGUGCCGGCUGUGGGGGAGCCCCGGUGCCCUCCUCCCUGGGCACCCUCGCCAGGGCGCCCCACAACACUGGUGCCUUGUUCAAGAGCUGGGUUAUGACAAGAUUCAUUUUCCUCUUCUAAUAAAGUGUUGGAGAAAGGCCUYGAGCCGUUGGACUGUCCCCCCAUUUCUGUUUUGGUGCAAGAACCGCAUCUGCACCCCUAAGGACUGCAGAGUGGGAACACGGUGGAGAUGCCGACCACAGUCCCCUCUGCUGGGGCCACCUGCUA